UUCCCGCCCUGCCUCGCGCCGCUGUCGCCGCCGCUCCGUGUCAGUCGUUGGCCGGUAAUGGCGGCCGGUGAGCUCCCCUGAGGCGAUCGAACCCGUGCCGGGCCCAGGGUAGGACGCAGCCGCCCGUGGAGGAGCAAAGCGAGGGGUUCUGCUAACUGCACCGGGCUCCCAGCCCCCCCAGGAUGCGUUGGGAGCUGCCCCCGGGGUGGGAGGCGGUGGCGGCGGCGACUCUCAGGUAAACUAACAGGAUGUGGAGCAACAAAUCGAAGGAGGUGCCUUUACAAAACCCAAGGCACACUCAGAACAGGGAUUCCCUCAGAGAUCUAACCACAGCCUGGGAUACUUUUUCUCAAACUAAGGCUGCAUUGCGUCAUAUUGAGAAUAAACUGGAGGUAGCGCCUACCAGCACAGCAGUGUUUGAUUCUGUCAUGGAUGCCAAGAAACCCUCUGCCAGUGCUACCAGGAAAAUAAGCAGGAAAGAUGUUAGGUACCUAGAGGAUUCCUUGGUUUCUGCUUCAGCCUCCAGGUCCUCCAGCCAAAAUAAGUCACGCAAAGAGAAGUCCUCCCGCAGUCCUCUUCGAGCUACAACUCUGGAGAGCAAUGUGAAAAAGAGUAGCCGUGUGGAAUUUCGUGAACCCUUGGCUUCAUACGGGGAGACUUAUGGUGCACCAUCUUAUCAAAGUGCUAGUCAAUUGGAGGCAAAAUGUUUGCUGUCUGGUUUAGACCGUAAUGAAGCACAGGACAAGACUGAAGGAAUGAGCUGUAUGAUAUAUGACAGGAAUGAAAGUGACUUACAUAACAGAAAUUUUGAAAGCCCACAUUCUUCUGCUGCAGAUGACACAGUUGUUAGGUAUUUGAAUGACCGACCAGCAAUUGAUGCUUUGCAGAACAUUGAAUCUGUUUUUAAAACUUUAACCCCUACAAGAUCAGAGGAGGAAAAGACUAAUGGAUCCAGAAGAGAUGAGAGCAGCACUAAAACUCCUUUGAGUAGCACAGCCCAGGAUGUGGAAUUGAAAGGGAUAAGGCUGGCAGAAUCUUCUCCUUCCUCUACUAGUACUUCUAGUGCCCACAGGCUGGAAAUCUUAAAACGGAGGCAGCAUGACUCUAAAUUGCAUGAUGCUAAAUUGGAGAAGCUGAAGGAGCGGAUUAGGAAACAAUGGGAGCAUUCGGAAGAAUUAGGCAGCAAGGGACAACUUCUGGGAUAUGCCGAGCAGCCUGUAGUGGUAACAAAUGUGGAGAACACAGUGACGCCAAAAGUCAGAAAAGUGGCAGUUGCACCCCCUGCUCCAACAUAUAAAGGUUUCAAUCCUGCUGAGAUAAAGAUUCGCACUCCUGAUGGAAAGGUGUGGCAUGAAGAGGAAUUUCAAAACAUCAGUAGGGAGUUGUAUCGAGAUAUAGCACUCCAAUUAACAGAAGAUUCAACAGGGAAAGAGAAACCCCUUGGGAAAUGCAAGGAGAAGAAAGCAACCAGACCAGUGCGCAAGGUCCAAAAGCUAACCAGGUCAUCAAGCCCAGAUUCCAAACCAGGUGGAGGUCAUCUGAUAAGUACAUCUUCCUGGCGGGAUGGACAAAAACUAGUGAAAAAGAUACUGGGUCCAGCACCUAAAGUAGAGCAACAGCACAAAAAAGCAACAUCCAGUGACAGAAAUGGAAGAGAGAGAGCUGCUAAAUCUCCAGGCCUCAUUGGAAGGACAGGGUCAGAUCCCAGACUGGAUGUUACCCACAAAACCUGUCCAAGAAGUUCUGAAUGGUCAAGGAGUAAAGUACAGUCUGAGAGUAACCUGAAGAAAUUGGACUCUACUCUUCCAGAUAGUAAAGAAGAUGAAGACCAUACCUCCUUAAAUAAGGACUUUCUGCCCAUAGAGAUACGUGGAAUUCUUGAUGACCUACAGUUGGACUCAGUGAUUCCAAGUACAAAGCAAGAGAAAGAUGGGGAAAGGCAAAGUCAGAAAUCUGCAGUGCCUACACAAGGUGCCAGGAGUCACAGUCCAACAAAAAGGAAACCAGACAAGUUAGCUGCUAGUGAAGAGCCUCAAGUUAUCUCCAAGAAACGUCACUAUGACACAGAUGAGGUUCGCCAGUACAUUAUUAGACAGCAAGAGGAAAGGAAGAGGAGGCAGAAUGAAGAGAAGAAGGCACAGAAAGAGGCAACAGAACGGAAGAACAAACGACUUCAAGAGCUUUACAAGAAACAGAGAGAGGCUUUUGCUAAGGCAAAGAACAUUCCAACUUCUGAACCUUCAGCAGCUAGGCGACUACAGGAAACCUAUUCUAAACUGUUGCUGGAACACACUUUGCUAGAAGAAACUUCUCAGCUCCCUGUCGCGCAGGAAAUGCAGCCCAGGCCUGUAUAUCAACCAUCUGGGGAAUCUGACAAAGAAAACAAGGCACAGGAACGUUCACCUAGUGCAUCUUCCAGUAGUGAUAUGUCCCUGUCGGAACCUCCACAGCCUCUUGUUAGAAAUGAUUUCAUGGAGCCUACGUGGAUACAGCCAGAUAGACUGAGUCCAAGAGUCCAACUCUCUCACCCACAACCUCUUGCUGGCUCAAGCGGAGGACUUUUCUCCCAGCUUUUGGAUCUAGAACAGAUGGGCCUUUUGCCAAAGGACUUUGACUCAGUACUGUCAACCAGGAGGAACCACAACACAGCUGUGGGAUCCUUGACUUUGACACCUCAGCCUUUCCUGACUUCAUCUGCUGCACAGCAAGAUCUCUUGGUAAAGUCUGGUGCCAGCCAAUAUAAGAGUAAACUGGAUCGUAUUGAAGCCCUGAAAGCUACAGCUGCUUCUUUGUCUAGCAGAAUUGAAAGUGAAGCCAAGAAGUUAGCUGGGGCAAGCAUCAACUAUGGCUCAGUGUGGAACUCUGAGCAACUACUGCGAGGGAAGCAGGAUGAUGGACACUGGACUAAGGCUGUGAGUCCCCCUGUGAGAGAGGAUAAUGAAGAUGUUUUUUCAGCCAGAAUUCAGAAAAUGUUGGUUACUUGUGUGUCUCAUACAACCUUUGAUGAUAACCUUCCUGGAGUGGGCAACCUUAGUGAAUUUAAAAAGCUCCCUGAGACUAUCAGGCCUCAUACUGCUGCAGUCAGCCUUGGAAUGAGAUCCCUAGCGAGUCAGAGACCUGAAGGAAUGCUAGGACAUUUAUCAAAGAGGCAAACUGACUCCCCUGGGUCUGAAAAUCAGGCUUAUAGUCAAAACAAAGGCAUAAUUCCUCACGAUUCCAGCACAGAUUCAAUUAGUGAAGGACCUCUUCUAAGUGAGGGGAGUCUCUCUGAGGAGGAAGGUGACCAAUGUAGGCAGUCUCCUUUGAAAAUUGCUGAGGUGUUAAAAGAAAAGGAGUUCUGUGUUGGGGAGAGAACUGCUUUUGAGCCCAUAAAAGAGUUUCAGAAGGAGGCAGAAAAGUAUUUACCACUCUUCACACAGACAAGUGGCACACAAAGCAAGGGACCAUGGGAGGAACUGGCCAAGGGAAGUCCACAUAGUGUCAUCAACAUAUUUGCAAAAUCUUACCAACUACAUGGAAAAGGAUUUGAGGAAAGGUCAAAUGGAGGGUCUCCAAUCUUGCGACCUUUACUUCCUACCAUGAGCCCUCCAGAUAGUGUUGUUUCGUAUGAAGAUGACUUUGUUUCAUCACAGGGCAGUGGAACUUUGACAGACAAACAGAUUGCUCUUGAGCCUAGUAUCAGUGGCAGCAGCAAUUCCAGCAUUCAAGAAGAGCUUCCCAGCAGGAAGUCUCCCCAUGAACACCGAUCUAUAGAGCUAACCUCCCAGCAUUCACCUGGACCCUGGUCUGCAGCAUCUUCUCGCUCAUCUGGAUCUUCUAAAAGGAGAGGGAAAAAGGAAAAAUCUUUCAAUGGAAGUUCACACCACUUUCCUGUGGAAGACGACAAAACACUAUCUGAGUCAGAGCGUGGGUCCCAGCAAGCAAAGAAGUCCUUGCCUAACAGCAGAGUUUCCAAUAGAGAUCCUGAACAGAAUGCAGAUACUGAUAGCACUUUGGAAGAAUUGUCUGGACAUUCUUUGCUGAGUCUCUCAGACAAGAGAAGGUCCCAGAAGACCCUAACCUCUCCCCCAUCUCCAGGCUCCCAGAAGCUGUUACAGUUUGACUCUCUAGGAAAUACAGCGGAAAGAGCCAGGUCCCCUGCAGGCUUUCCUGGGACUACAGCUUCAGGGUUCAAGCCCAGUGUACCCAUCUCUGACUUCAGCCUGGGAACUAGCAAGACAGGAGCAGCAGCAGCAGUGGCUGGAUCCAUGCGCUUCUCUCCUGCUGGUCUCCAGCAUCGUUUGUCAGCAGAGCUCAACUACCUGAGUGCCAUUGAGGAAUCUGUACGGCAACUCUCAGAUGUAGAACGAGUGCGGGGCAUAUCACUUGCCCAGCAGGAAAGUGUUUCACUGGCUCAGAUCCUAAAGGCACAGCAGCAGCGACAUGAGCGGGACUUGGCUCUUUUGAAACUCAAGGCUGAGCAAGAGGCUUUAGAGAGUCAAAGACAGUUGGAGGAAGCGAGGCAGAAAGCGGCUCAGGCCCAUGCAGAAUCUCUGCAGCAUCUGGUCCAGUCACGACAGGAGGCAGCAGAAGCGCUACAGGAGACGACAUGUAAAAUUGCAGCCCAACAGGUGGAAGCUGCUCUGCUCACCACGGAUGCAGCUCGCCAGAUCCGUGAGAUGACAGAGUUGGCACGAACACAGAUCUCAGAUGCAGUCAGUGCUCCAGCAGCUCCAAUCACCACACUGUUUGACCAUCAGCGGCAACAUCAUUCAAAGUUCAUGAAAGAGCUUAGAGAUCGAGCCGAUACAAACAGGAAAAAUGAAUCUGGAACCCCUUCACAAAGUAAAGAGAAGACAGCUGACUCAAAGCAGACAUACUCCCCAUUAUUUGAUAGUUACUCAGAAUCCUCAAGAUCCAAGAAUCAUGAUCAGAGUAGCAGCAGCAGCCGGCAGGAGAGUCCUUCAGUUCCUUCUUCCAAGGAGAAUGAGAAGAAGCCCCUCCAACGUGAAAAGACAAGCAGCUCCAUAGAAGAGCAGGCUCGUACUGGUGUGGAUGAUUCCUUGCGGAGCGAUAGUAUUCCAUCGCUACCAGAUGAGAAAGACUCAGUUUCCAUUGCAACAGAGUAUUCCCUGAAAUUUGAUGAGUCCAUGACAGAAGAUGAGAUAGAGGAAAAGUCUUUCCGGUCUUUGCUACCUUCUGAGAGCCAUCGCAGGAUUAACAUGGAGAAGAAACGAGGUCAUCGGGAUGAUUCUGAUGAGGAAGUCUCCCCAGAAAAGACAGCCCUGUCAUCUGUCAAGGAGCUAAGUAUGCCAUUCUCAGGGGGGCAGGAUAGUUUCUCUAAAUUCACCAUGGAGAUGGUACGGCAGUAUAUGAAGGAAGAGGAAAUGCGAGCAGCUCAUCAGUCUUCACUGCUUCGGCUCCGUGAAAAGGCACUGAAAGAGAAAACCAAGGCUGAGUUAGCCUGGCUGGAACACCAGAAAAAACAUUUACGAGACAAAGGAGAGGAUGACAAGAUGCCACCUAUCCGAAAGAGACAGCGUGGUCUGCUAUUGAGGCUGCAGCAGGAGAAGGCGGAAAUAAAGCGUUUGCAAGAGGCCAGUAAGGCAGCUCGGAAGGAGAGACAACUGAUACUUAAGCAGCAGGAGGAGAUAGAACGAAUCCGCCAGACUACCAUAAAACUGCAGGAAAAACUGAAGUCUGCGGGGGAAAAUAAGCUGGAGGUUCGCAGUGAGGAUGAUAUAAAGCAGAGCAGCGCUUCCAGCCCACUUCCAACUGAUGUAGAGACCCGUAGCCCUUCCUCAAUCUCCAUCUCCAGUAGUGAGACUAGUAGCAUCAUGCAGAAGCUCAAGAAAAUGCGUAGCCGAAUGGAUGAAAAACACUGCUCUCCUGUUCACUACUUCUUCUCUGUCUUUACGUCUCACCACUGGGCCUCUCUCAGUGUCUGUUUUCCCAACCUCCAUCCCAAAUUCCAGCUGUAUAUCUACAACCAGUUGGUCAGGUUCCUGACUAAGCGAGAACAGAAGCUGAUGCAGCGGCGACAACAUGCUGAAGAACUGCUGGAGUGGAAGCGCCGUCUAGAUGCAGAGGAAGCAGAGAUACGUCGAAUGGAGAAACAAGCCUUAGCUGCUUGGGACAAAGAGAGACUCAAAACAAAAACAGCCAAGAAGGAACUGGGGGACCAGAGGGCUGAACCCAAAGAAGCAGCCAGUGAAGAGGAGUCUCCAGUGCUUUCCUAUACUCAUGUAAACAGUGAAAGCUCUGUCCCAGAAGAACUAGGCAGUCCAGCUGGUGAACCUGUCCAAUCAGAGGCUGUGGACCAAGGGAAGCCAGUAAGCCCAGAUCAUAGUACACGUACUGAAGAAAUGGUUUACUCACAGGAUCUAGAGUCUGCUACCUCACCAGGCAAGCUUUCUCCUUCAAAAAGCAGUACAUCUAUCUCAAAGCAGGAUUCCAUCAAAGGAAGCCACAGAACUGGAGGACAGCUGCAUUUACCUGUGAAAUCCCCUCAAGUAUCCCACAGUUGGUCUGAUGAAUCUUUAUCCAUGACACAGUCAGAAACCACAUCUGACCAGAGUGACAUUGAAGGCCGGAUCAGGGCCCUAAAAGAUGAGCUACGGAAAAGGAAGUCUGUUGUUUAUCAGCUGAAAAAGGAACAAAAGAAGAGGCAGAAGGAGAGGCUGAAAGCCCAGGAGGCCAGUUUGAUCAAACAGCUAGAGUCUUAUGAUGAGUUCAUAAAGAAGACUGAAGCAGAGCUGAGCCAAGACCUGGAGGCAUCACCCAUAGCUAAACCUCAGAUUAAAACUCCAUCCUCAUCUACUGAAAAACCUAAAAUCAAGCCACCUCCACUCCAUAGGCCUGAGGCAACCAAGAAUUGGAAAUCACUGACUGAGUCAGAGUGGUCCAGAGUAUCUUUGGAAUCCAUUGCAGAGCAUGUUGAUGCUGAGAGGUCUGUGUCUGUACACAUCAAGAGACUCAUUGACUCAGAGGUUCAUGCAGAAGAACCUUCCCGAACCCUAUCCCCAGUCUUCAAGUCACCAAGGAGAUCCAGAGCUGAAUCUGGUGAUUCCUUGGACAGUGUGCCCUCAUCAGCUCUUCUCCAAGAUCUAAGAGAUGGUGGUAGAGUAUCCCAUGUGUUAGUGAGCAAGUCAGAAGAUGUAUCCAGUGAUGAUAUUGUGUCCAGUCACAAAUCUGAUAUACAAGAGGAGAUGGAGUACAUAAAAUCAGAAGAAUCCGAGGUUGAAGAUGCUAAUAAUAAACAUUCAGAGAGUUCUGGUGCCUUGUUGAUGCUAGAGAUACACCAGGAAAGCUUACCAGAAGUUUUUCCAAAGAGAGACCUCCAUUCUGACAUUGAACAGUCUCAGAAGGAACUAUUUAGCGUGACUGCUGAAAAUAUUCAGAGUACAGAAGAGAUUUCAAAACAGAGACAGACAAUCAAAGAUGAUGUAGGGAGUGAUCAAAGUUACAGAUCAGAAAAGUCCUCUCUCAGCUUGAGCAAGUUGGCACAGGAAAAAGACUUCUCUCUUCCAGAACAAGUUUUUACUCAAAAAGAGCCAUCAUACUCUGAAGAUUUUGUGGGGUCCUCCCCCAGAAAAGAGACAUCAGUUGAAGAAACUCCUUCUGCUGAAUGUUUCAAAGAUGAUUUUGAGAUACCUACAUUGUCACACAGAAAAGAUUCUCAAUCACUUAGAGAGAAGUCACAACAUACAAAACCCCCUAGAAGCAGAUCCACAAGCCUUGGCAGUGAAGAUGAAAUCAGUGAAUAUCUCAGUGACAAAUCUCUCUCUGUCUCUGGCAGUGUGCAUUCAGAGAGAUUAUUAGAACUCAAGUCACCAACAGAGCUCAUAAAAAAUAAAGAACGCAGUGAUGUGGAGAAAGAACAAGCCCCCACUGAAUCACCACUUUGGGUCUCAAUUUCCAUCACAGAAGAAGCAAAUACACUGGUAAAUUUCAAUAUUGGUGACAGGAUACUUGUCAGUAACGUCCAGCCUGGAACACUGCGAUUCAAAGGUCUGACCAGUUUUGCCAAAGGGUUUUGGGCUGGUGUGGAGCUGGAUAAACCUGAAGGAAACAACAAUGGGACUUACGAUGGUAUUAAAUAUUUUGAUUGUAAGGAAAAGCACGGUAUUUUUGCUCCUCCUGAAAAGAUCUCUCACAUUUUAGAAAGUUUUGAUACCUAUAUAGACACGAAUGAAGAUGAAGACUCGUUCUUCGAUGACAGAUUGGGUCAGCACCACAAAUCCAAGGAGAAAGACAAAGAAAGUUCCAAAUCUGGCAAAGAUGAAGAAAGCAAGGGAAGAGAUGCAACUGAGAAAUCGUCCCAAGAUAAAGCUCCACCGGGCAUGACUGCUUUAGAAGCCUCUGUUGGGCAAAAAGUUGAUGAUUACUCCAGUUCUGAAGUAAACCAUAUAAAGGAGGUUUUCACAGCUGCUGGACCACUUGCCAAAGAGCAGUCUGUGGUGGACUGUCUGAAAGAUGCUGUAAAAGAUGAGAUUGUCCAUGCACUGUCUGUUUCUACUAUAGAAAAUGUUGUCACCAUUCUAUUGGAAGGUACCUCAGAUGGUAUAUUGUCUGAAAAGCUGGAGAGGCAGCAGUCCUCAAGGGAGGAAUGUACUGAAAAGUCAGAUAAUUUUUCUUCUGGAGUUUUGGAAAAGCCUGCAACUCCGCUUCUGGACCUAUUGACCAAGGAAAAGAAUCAGUUAGAAGCCCAACUUAGACUGCCUCUUGGAGAGGAAGAGAAGUCAAAAGACCAGCUAGAAAAGGUCUCCUUGUUGACAGACAGUCUACUCAAGGAUUUUGUUAAGGACACUGUCAAUCAGCUACAGCAAAUCAAGAAGGUCAGGAAUGAGAAGAUUCAUUUUAGCAAUCAGGAGCUCUGUGAUGUUCAAGAGGAAUUAUCAUCCAGAACCACAGCCCAGCAUAUGGAGGAGCAGGUAGCAAAGGACCUGCAGAACUUUUUUUUAAGUUCUGAAUUGGAAGAUGAAAGAGAAGAAGUUUCCUCUCCAGAUAUGUGUCCCAGACCAGAGAGUCCAGUGUUUGGUGCAAGCGGACAGGAAGAGCUUGCUAAGAGGCUGGCAGAACUGGAGAUCAGCCGGGAAUUCCUGAGUGUGUUAGGAGAUGAUCAAGACUGGUUUGAUGAGGACUUUGGCUUGAACUCCCACAAGGUCCUGCAGAAGCAAACUGAAGAAUCAGCGGUGCUGCCCAAGACAGAGCCACAAAAAGUGCCACCUAAGCCAUGUGAGGAGCCUUUGGCUGUUCCACAUACUGCAGUGGAAGUAGAAGUCAUGGUGUAUGCAGCAGCUGAGCAGCUGUGGAAGUUGAAAGAGCUGGGUCGUGAUCUUCAGAAUAUCAGCCUUCCCAUAGACCUUGGUAAUACCACCAAAGAGCAGGACAUGGAGACUAUAAGCAAACAGGUCUAUAAACAGGCGGUAUUUGACUUGACGAGAGAGAUUUUUCGGGAAAUCUUUGCUGAGGAUCCUAAUCUGAAUCAACCUAUUUGGAUGAAACCAUGUAGAAUUACCUCCACUUACUUUCGGCGAGUAAAAGAUCCAAAUGACCUUGAUGAGAUCAAGAGUUUCAUUGUAGCUGAAGUACUAAAAUUGUUCAGCUUGAGGAAGGAACCUAAUCACAAAACAGAUUGGCAGAAGAUGAUGAAGUUUGGACGCAAGAAACGGGACAGAGUGGAUCAUAUACUGGUGCAGGAACUCCAUGAGGAAGAAGCUCAGUGGGUGAAUUAUGAUGAGGAUGAGCUCUGUGUGAAGAUGCAGUUGGCAGAUGGGAUCUUCGAGGCCUUAAUCAGAGACACUAUUAAUGUUCUGAACCAGAUAAAUGAAAAACAAGGGAGACUACUGCUUUUGUGACAUCCAUGAUAAUAAACCAGAAACUGCGAAACAA